UCUUCUAGUCGAAGCAACAACCUUAUACCUACGUCUAUUUUUGGAUGAAACAAUUUUUGUGGUACACAUUGCGAGAUAUUUUGUACGGCCCAUUCGCAGCGGUGUUUUUUGUUAAAGUCCAUUUAGUUGAUUUAAAGUAAUGUUACUGAUAAAUUUUUAAAAUUAAACUAAUUUUCCAUUGUAAAAUACGAAUUAGUUAAGCAUAUAAUUGAAAAUAAGUGAUCUAUUAAAAAUGCCUACUUGUGCGAUAUGUGGUAUACCAACAGAACACAAAUGUACUAAUUGUAAUCAAACUUUUUACUGCGGGAAGGUACACCAGAAACAGCAUUGGCUGACGCAUAAAGUUGAUUGCAGACCGUUCAAGGUAGAGCAUAGCGAUCAACUGGGAAGAUAUUUGGUGGCUACACGCAGCAUUAAACCGUUUGAAAUAAUUUUAAAAGAAGCACCGUUAAUAUGCACACCAUCUCAAGUAACCAGUCCAGUAUGUCUGGGUUGUUUGAAUGGAAUUGAGCCUUCCGAUUAUAUUGACUGUGAGAAUUGUGGGUGGCCUCUUUGCGGCAUCGAGUGCAAGGGCAAACCUGAACACGAAGUUGAGUGUGAGUUCACAGUGAAACGAGGUUCUAAAGUGUCAGUCAAAGAAUUUACUAAUCCUCAUCCAUUAUAUCAAUGUAUGGGCACGGUUCGUUGUCUACUUUUGGCCAAAAAAGAUCCAGAAAAAUGGAAAGUGUUUUCGGAACUCGAAUCUCUUGAAAAAUUGCGACGGGGGUCUAUGCAAUGGAAAGCUGAUUUGGAAAGUAUCGGCAAAUUUAUACCCAGAUUUUUUAAGACCACCGAUUUCAGCGAGGACCUAAUUAUGAAAACGGUCGGCAUUUUGCAAAUAAACGGCCAUGAAGUACCUGUUACAGAUCCACCACAUGUUGCCAUAUUCAAAAAUGCAUCAUUUCUGGAGCAUUCAUGCCACCCAAAUUUGGCGAAAAGUUUCACAAAGGAUGGCCAUUUAAUCUUAUGGGCACCCAAGACAAUUAAAAGGAACACUCAUUUGAGUAUAUGCUACUCUGAUGCCGUCUGGGGCACUCAAGAAAGGCAACAGCAUCUUAUGCAUACGAAAAUUUUCAAAUGUGAGUGCGAAAGAUGUCUAGAUGUUACAGAAUUCGGUACAAAUUACGAUGGCUUUAAGUGCACCACCCCUGACUGUAUUGGCGUUAUUUUACCUUCGAGUUUAAAAGAGUGGAAUUCUAAGUGGAGGUGCUCGACAUGUGGAAACCACGUUGACAUAUCGUUCAUAAAAGAUAUUCUGGAAAAGGCUGGAAAGGAUUUGAAUCCCAUGACAAGGACAGCAGACAAUUGCAUCAAAUACAUUCAGAAUUAUCAGAAGUGGCUGACGAACAGGCAUUUUUACAUUUGUCAAGCCAAAAUACAGUUGGUUCAGCUAAUUGGUACGGAUCCUAAGGAGCUGAUGACAGUGCCCGAAGAUAAACUUAAUCUAAAACUGGAAUAUUGCAAAGAGCUGUUAGAUUUAUAUGAGAAGCUUGCCCCCUGUGAGAUCCGGAUGCUUGGCACAUUUUGCUUUGAAUUGCACUCGGCAAUAGCAGAACACACGCGGCGUGUAGCCUUGAAAACCUCGUUAUCCCCGAAAAAUAUGCUCGAAGAAUCUCUACUCUAUGUUGAUAAAUGCAUAAAUUACUUGCAACAUGAAUGUGACAUUUUUGUUGAAGGACACAUCCUUAAGCAAGCAAAAAUCAACAGGGAUGCUCUUCGAAUGGUGUUGGUUAUGUAGAAUCUGCGCUACAAAAACAUCUACAUACGAGUAUAUGUGUCUGGCACUUUUGUAUCAAGAUUCAAUAAAUGCUUCAGGUUUUAGCAGUAG